AUGUCGACUGCAAGACCAGGCUCACCGGCGACGUCCGGCUCCCGCCGACCCAACAAACGCCCCCGUGUCCUCGUAGCCUGCCAGCGCUGCAAGACACGGCGGCAGCGGUGCGACAAUGGCAGCCCGUCGUGUGGAAACUGUGCGCGGUCCGAUGCGGCAUGCCUGUACGGCGAUCGCACAGCGUAUCCGCCGUCGUACGUCAAGGCCUUGGAAGCGCGCGUCAAGGAACUCGAGGGUCGGUCGCCGACGUCCACAGACAAACCCGAAACGGGCACGCCUGCCUCCUCUGCUGGCGGCGACCGUCUGGUCACGGGAAUGGGCCUGCUCUCGUCGUGCGCCGCCGCCGAGCCGCACUACUUUGGCUUCUCGGCCGGCCUGAGCCUGGCCCACUUUGUGCAGGUGGCACUGGACUUCGGUAGCGUGGCAUCGGAGGACGUGGUGUCGCUGCCGCUGUUGACGGACCGGCCGUUUGCGAACAAAGCGCUGAACCAGGCUCCAAACCAGGCGGACACGGCAGUCCCCGCAUCGCUGCCGGCCCCCUGCACAGGCACUGCCUAUAUUCGGGCGUAUCUGCAACUGAUCCACCCUCUCUAUCCGUUUCUGGACCGUCGGCAGCUGUGGGCAUUGCAUUCGGGGGCGACAGGGCGGACACGCGCACAGGUGGACCCCAUGGACGCAGCGCUGCUGCACCUGGUGUAUGCGAUUGGAUCACGUUGCCUGCAGUUACUGGGCAAGGAAACAUCGCUUCCAUCGACGUCGCCACCACAGAACGACAAAAAUGGGACACCCGAUCCAGAAGGCCAUUUCCUACGGGCGAUGCAGAUCAUUGGCGACGGCCUGCAAUUUACAAGCGUGCGGUCCAUAGAACUGACGCUCCUGCUGGCCAUCCAGUCGAUGCGCUCGCCGUCGGGCACGUCUGUCUGGCACUUGGCCGGUCUGGCCGUGCGUCAGUGCAUCGAGCUCGGACUGCAUCGGCAGCGGGCCGUGCGAGGAGGCGAUGCCGCCGUGGACGAGCACCGCCGCCGCCUGUUCUGGAGCGUCUACAUCUUCGAGCGCAAGACGGCCCUGGUGCUGGGGCGGCCGUUUGCCUUGUCGGACGAGGAGAUUGAUGCGCCGAUGCCGGGCCGGUGCGAGCUGCAGGACGGUGACGGAACAAACGUGCGCUUCCACUGUGCACAUAUCGAGCUGUACCAACUGCACACACAGAUCCGGCUGGCUCUGUACCAGCUGAAACGGGGCGGGCAAGGCCACCGUUUGCAGCUGACGAGGACAAUUUCCACACUGCUCGGCGAGCUGGACGCGUGGAAGGAGAGCGUGCUGCAGACGUUUGAUCCAGUGAGGGAUCGCCCGAGUGUGGUCGUGGAAGUAAGCACAGACUCGCCCCCGGCGGACCUCGACCGCGGUCCUUGCACGCUCACCCGGCAGACCGAGUUGCUUCUCGAGUUUCACAAAGCCCGUCGGUCGCUACUCCAGCCGCUCAUGACGGAAGGACGACUGGACAUGAGUACAGGCACCGGUACAGGCACAGGUACAGGCACAGACGCUGGCAACUGGGCCAACUAUGCAGCCGUCGCCGACGCCUCUGGCCAAAUCUGCCAGCUGUACCGCCGCCUCCAUCGUCUGGCGCCCGUGCCCUUUUCACUGCGCGACCUGCACGCCAUCUUUGUCGCCGGCUUCACCUUGAUCUACGCCGUCUGCAGUGCGCCCGCUCUGUAUACGGAACGCGGGUCGUCGUGUGCGCGCGACCUGGGGGCGUGCUCCACUCUGCUGUAUGUCAUCGCCGAGCAGUGGGCGAGUGCCAAGAAGUACCGGGACGCCUUUGAGGUCGUGGCCGAGAAGAUGGAGGCGUCCGUGGCGCGUUAUGAGAGAGAGGGGGGACACCGUGGCCCGAGGAGCCAGUCUUUGUCUGGGAGCAUGGCUGACGGGGAAACGGAAGAGCGUCCGGUGAUGCUCACAGCAGAUAAUACGAAUAUUGGAGCUGGGCCUGUCGAAGGGGUGCCGUAUGGCCCCGUGGCUGCAGACGUCACGAAGCCAGUUGAUGUUGAUGAACUUGGAGGACAUGGCACCUCCGGCAUGUCCGCUGGUAUCGAGCUGGACCUCGAGUCGGACAUCUAUGGAAUCGAAGGGCUGUUGUCGAGCGAGGGACUGGACUGGUUCACCGAGGCGGUGUUUUAA